GAACCAGGCGUCCUCACACGACAUUUAACCCACCUCCAGGGGAAGGGUUACGCAAUCUUUACCCCAGCUCCAUGCGGGUAACACCCCCUUUACACCACAUCUAGGCGGGGCCAUCCAGACAAUCGAUAGGGAGCCUUCUGAAGCUACACACGUCAAAUUGCAGUCCGUUCCGCAGAACCACCGACGGACCCUCAGGCAGCCCGCUGGUCCUAGUCCAAGUCUCCCCUGGUCCAAGUCUCACCUGGUCCCGGUCUCAGCUGGUUGGGGUCUCACCUGGACAGGAUAUUAUGAAGGAGGAGGAGAAGGAGAUAAAGGAGGAGGAGGAGGAGGAGGAGGUGAACCCCACGGAGGUGAAGAUGAGCCAGAUCGUGAUGCCAUCUCAUAGCAACCAUCGUCAGGAGCUCAGCGUCGGGCAGCUCCUAAAGUGGAUGGACUCCACCGCCUGCCUCUCAGCUGAGAAACAUGCAGGCUGUUCCUGUGUCACAGCCUCUAUAGACGAUAUCUACUUUGACCAAACCAUAAGUGUUGGCCAGGUUGUGAACAUCAAGGCUAAAGUCAACCGAGCCUUCAACACCAGCAUGGAGGUGGGUAUCGUGGUGGUUUGUGAGGACCUGUUCACGGACCGGAGGUGGAGAGUUUGUCACGCAUUCGCCACCUUCGUCACCCAGCGCUCCGCCUCUGGAAUCAAGGUGCAGCUGAGCCCCCUGCGGCCGGGGUCCCAGCGGCAGCAGGAGGAGCACAGUCUGGCGGCCGAGAGACGCAGGAUGAGGAGGGUCCACGAUGACAUCAUCAAGGACCUGCUCUCUGAUAGGACCUUCCAGCAGGCAGGUGGAGUUGGUGGAGGUGCUGGUGCUGGUGCUGGACCGGCGGGUGGUGUUGUUGCUGCAGAGAAGACCAGGGUGGAGAGCGUUGAGCUGGUGCUUCCUCCACACGCCAACCACCAGGUGAACACGUUUGGCGGGCAGAUCAUGGCGUGGAUGGUGAACGUAGCGACGAUAGCUGCCAGCCGGCUGUGCCACGCCCACCCCAGCCUCCGCUCCAUCGACAUGUUCACCUUCAGAGGCCCCUCCCAAGUGGGCGACCGCCUGCUGCUGCGCGCAAUCGUCAACAACGCCUUCAGGACCAGCAUGGAGGUGGGGGUGCAGGCGGAGGCCUACCGAGGGGGUGGUCCUAACAGACACAUAAACUCCGCCUUCAUGACCUUCGAAGUCCCGGACGCCCACGGGAACCCCCGCACGUUGCCGCGGAUACGACCGGAACCACUGCACGGUGAGAGGAGGUUCCAGGAGGCCAUCGCCAGGAAGAAGAUCCGCUUGGACAGGAAGUACAUAAUUUCCUGUAAGCAGGCCGAGGUUCCUCUGUCGGUGCCUUGGAACCCUAGCAACCAGGUCUAUCUCAGCUACAACAACGUGUCUGCGUUGAAGAUGUUGGCGGCUCGGAACAACUGGCAGCUGAACUCUAAGGAGGACCAGGUGUGUCUAUACACCCUGGAAGAGCAGGGGUCUCUGAGCUUCAGGGUGGAGGCGGAGCUGGACGUCUCGGCCCAGAGAGCCUUCAGGCUGCUGGGGGAUCUGAGGAACCGGACGCACUGGGACCGCCACUACCUGGAAUGCGAUCUGAUUCGCUCGGCUGAUAAGGAUGACUUCCUGUAUCGGGUGGUGGCCCCUUCUGUAGACCCCGCCCCCGGGGGCUCAGCCAAUCAGGACGCAGGAGUCCUCCAGGAGUUCAUCCUAUUGGCCUCCAGAAGGAGACCCUGUGGUCCUGGGGACCCCUACGUGGUGGCGCUGAGGUCCGUCUCCCUCCCCACCCACCCCACCCCCCCCUCCUCCCCCUCCUCCCCCUCCCCCACCCACCGCCGAGGGGAGGUGCUGUGUGCCGGCUUCACCAUCCUGGCGACCAGCGAGAGCACCUCACUGAUCAGCUACUAUAACCAGGCGUCCCCGGAGGUCCUGCCCUACAUCUCCACAGACAUCGCAGGCCUGUCCUCCUCCUUCUACCGCAGCUUCUGCUGCUGCCGUCAGUACCUGACCCAGAACUGCCUGGGACCAGGAGACCAGGACCAGGACCCGGAACAGGACCAGGAUCCGGACCAGGACCAGGACUGCUCUAGCUUGGACUACGUCACUCUGCUCUAGACCCACACGGUUCUUUGUUUUGAUCUAGACCCUGACCUCAGACCCUAACCCAUGACCCUAACCCUAGACCCUAACCCUAGACCCUAACCCAUGACCCUAACCCUAGACCCUAACCCAUGACCCUAACCCUAACCCAUGACCCUAACCCUAGACCCUAACCCUAGACCCUAACCCAUGACCCUAACCCUAGACCCUAACCCAUGACCCUAACCCUAGACCCUAACCCUAGACCCUAACCCAUGACCCUAACCCAUGACCCUAACCCAUGACCCUAACCCAUGACCCUAACCUAUGACCCUAAUCCAUAAUCCUAAACUCUAACCCUAGACCCUAAACCAUGACGCUAGACCCUAACCCAUUACGCUGAACCCUAACCCAUGACCCUGAACCUAGAAGAUAAACUUCCUUCCCUCAGACCUGCCCUGUUAAUACAGGACAUCUUAUCGUGGCUCUGAGGUGAUAGUGAGUUUAUUAUUCACCAGUGUUGUGUGACACUGUAACUCAUUAAUGUACCGACGUCUAGUAGUACUUCUAGAAAGAACCAUAUCAUUUUGAACUGCGGUUUUCAUUGUGUUUGGAACACAAAAAAACUGAUUUACAGUUAUCAUUGAGUUUAUGUAUAAGUUUGGGAGGUUUUUAUAUUGAAAGGGUAGGAGAUCCAUUUAGAUGGAUGUGCUUUUCAAUACAAUGUCAUUAAAAAGUAUUUUUGCGUAAAUAGAAUUACAUAAAAGGUACAUAGAACAAGUAAAUCAAUUCAGUCAGCAAUAAAGUGAUUUUUUUACCUGCUAA